AUGUUUUAUGUACCUCAAAACAUUUCAAAAAUAUCCAUCAGAAUAAAUAAAUAUAAAAUAAAUUACAUAACAACAUGUAGAAGUUAUAAUAAGAUAUUUUGUUUAAUACAUACAUUAAAAAAUAGUUCUAAAAGAAAUAUAAAGAACAUAAGAAAAGUAGAUACUUUUAUAGAUUCAGAAAUAGAUGAUGACCAUGUUAAGUUGUUGAAAUCUGUUUUAAGGCUUGAAAAAGAUUUUCUUUAUAUUUUAAAUAAGAAGAAAAAUAAAGAGUGUGAUAUAAAUCUUAAUAAUAAUAUUAUAAAUUAUAAUGAUAGUAUAAAAUAUAAUAAUGUUGAUUAUGUUAAUAAUGAUAAUGAUGUUAUUUCGUCAUCUUCAAAUUAUUCUUUCAAUUUAAGUGAUAAAAAAAUUGGUUCUUCUUGUGACGAUAAUAUAAAUUUAAACGUAUUAUUAGAAAGGAAUAUUUUAGAUGUUCAUAUGAAAAAACAAAAUGAUGAUCAUACAUCUAGUAUUAAGAAAUAUAUCGCUCGUUCAGUUUAUAAUAAUGAAAAGAACAUAAUAAAAAAUAAAGAUGUAUUAUUAUAUAAUAAUAAGAUAAAGAAAUUAAUAUAUAAAAAAUGUAAUAAUAUAAUGAAUAUAUUAUUGAAUAAAUCAUAUUUUAAAUUAUUAUUAUCAUGUGUAGAUAAAAUAAGAAAUAAAGAUAUUUUUAAUAUUUAUUUGUUUAAAUGUUUAUAUCUUAAUAUUCAAUGGUUACAUAUAUUAAAUUAUAACAUGGUAGUAUCACUCUUUUUUAAUUUGUCUACAUUAUAUUGUGAAGAAGAAAAAAUAAACAAAAAUAUAAACAAAUAUAAUAAUACAUAUAAUAAAUAUCACAUGUAUUAUUUAUUAAUAUAUAACUCUUUAUUUAUAGAGAAAAUAUGUAAUGUUUAUAAAAAUAUAUUACAAGCUAUUAUUCCACUUCUUAUGAGAUAUAAUAAAAAAAUGGAGAGUACUCUUUAUUUUAAUGAUAUAAUAAAAAUAACAAUCAUGUUUUUUAAAAUACAUAGACAAAAUCCUAUUCUUAUUACUCAGACUGAUGUAGAGCAUUUUAUUAUAUACAACAAAGUAUCUUUAAUUAUCUAUAAAAUGAAUAGAGAAUAUAAAAAUUGCAAAUAUUAUAAUAUAAAUCAUGAGACGAAUGAGGAUAAAAAAAUAUAUAUACGUGGUAGAAAAAAAAUAAAUAAAUAUUUAUAUGAAAAUAAUAAUAAUAAUAAUAUUAAUUGUUAUAAUAAUACACAUAUGAAUCAUACAAAUAAAUUAGAUCAUACAAAUAAAUUAGAUCAUACAAAU